AGAGAUCCAGCCAGGCAUAUCGCAAUAUUUAAAAAUACAAUCACUGAAAAACUGUUUGGAAAGCAAAUGGUUAUUGCUGUAAAUGUAUUACUUUUAGUUAUCAAAACUCUUAGGCUACUGAUCGCUCAAUUCAGUUAUCUUAUUGACACCAGCAGAGAAGAUCGGCCAUAUCCCGAACGCUAAAUACAAGGCGGAAGAUUAGGUUAUGCAAUUUUUAAUUCUGAGCCGCUAACCCUUGAUGAUGCUGGGGCGGUGCCGAAACUUUUACCUCUAGACGUGGCCCGUUACAGCGGACAUAGGCUCCCAGUUGGGUUUAGGCUACUGUAUCACGCUCAAGCCGGUGUGCCUUUUGAUUUCAGUGAACAAUUUGAUAGUGCAAGCAACUCCUGCGCAGCUCUCCUGUGCUCCUGUACAGUGUGUCCCGACACAGGAUAAUGGUCCUUAUAAAGAGCUCGAGAGGAUUACAACUCGCCUUCCGAAUUUAUAAGCGAAGUCAUCAUCACUCAGUUGGAAUUAUUGGAGCGCCUUUUUCAAAAGGACAGCCGAGGGAUGGUGUGGAGAAAGGACCAGACCUCAUUCGCUCUGCCGGAUUGGUGGAAAAGCUCAGAGCGCAAGGCUGUGCAGUCAAAGACUAUGGCAACGUGACGUUUGAGGAGGUGGCCAACGAUGAGCCCAUAGGCAAUGUGAAGAGACCCAGAGCGGUGGGCAGCGCCAACCAACGUCUGUCUGCUGCCGUCCACGCCGUGAAGAAUGACGGACACACCUGUGUGAUGCUGGGAGGAGACCACAGUUUGGCGAUAGGCUCGAUCCAGGGGCAUGCAGCAGCUAAGAAGGACCUCUGUGUGGUAUGGGUGGACGCCCAUGCAGACAUCAACACACCCCUGACCUCCCCUACAGGCAAUAUCCACGGACAGCCCAUGUCCUACCUCAUCCACGAGCUGCACUCCAAGAUUCCAGUUCUGCCCAACUUCUCCUGGAUAAAGCCAUGUGUAUCAGCCAAAGACAUAGUCUACAUUGGCUUGAGAGACGUGGAUCCAGAAGAGCACCAUAUCCUGACGUUGCUGGGUGUCAAAGGUUACUCCAUGACAGAGGUGGAUCGCCUUGGAAUAUCCAAAGUGAUGGAGGAGACAUGUGACUACAUCUUCUCAAAGGUGAAGAAGCCCAUCCACCUGAGCUAUGACAUCGAUGCCCUGGACCCAUCCAUCUCCCCGGCCACAGGAACACCAGUAGUGGGAGGGCUGACCUACAGAGAGGGAGUCUACAUCACAGAGCACAUCUGUCAGACAGGGAUGCUGUCUGCAGUGGACAUGGUGGAGGUGAACCCAAAGAGAGGCAAGACAGAGGAAGAGAUCAGCUCCACGGUCAACACUGCAGUAGAUCUGAUACGUGGCUGCUUCGGAAAGCUCCGGGAGGGAAACCACCCUGCAGACUACAAGAUGCCCCUGCCUUGAGCUGCCAACUACCACAGAGCCUUCGAUUACAGUGAAGGGCUGUGGCCAGCACCACCUUUCUGCACUUCAAAGUCAUCUUGACUCUUUUUCUGUAAUCCAGUUAACAAAUUGCCCUUUGUAUCAAAUCAUGGAGAGAUUAAAAUAGAUACCAUAUUUUUUUUCUUCAGAA